UGUAAAUAUUGUCAAAUUAAGUUAACAGCAAAAAUGUUAUGUGAUCAAUCUGGGAAACUUUCAUAUGCAAAAUGUGAAUGUGACGUCCAUCGAAGACAUCCCCACAAACCACUCAGUAUUUUAAUUCUGGACUGCUGGCAACACGAAUACGACAAACGACCGUUUACAAAUUUUCAAAUUGACAAAAAAUUUUUCGAAAAGCGAAUGCAUCGAAAGUUUAAUAAUUCCGAUUGGAUAGUUCUUAUCGAUUUUAUUGAAAAGCGAAGACCAAAAACUAUUCAAAUUUGCAACAUAGAAAUACCCGAAUACGAUGAGAAUGUCAAUCUAAAUAAACAGCUUGUCAGAAGCUUGGAACAAGCUGAAACUAUUAAUUUAAGAAAUGUUUCAGUAUCUCUGAAUAUGCUCAUAGAAUUUCUGAAAAAUAUCCCUUCGAGCAAAAUUACAAAUUUGGACUUAAGUUAUAAUGCUAUGACUUCGGAGCAUCUGUGGAUUCUGCGAUGCAUUUUGAUUAAAUCUAAUAUUCUUCAGUCUCUGAUUCUUGAGAAUUGCUCUAUAAAUGAAAAUACUUUUCCAAUCCUAGCCGAUGGCAUACACAAGUCAAGAAGUGUUCAAAGUAUCGACAUAAGUCGACCUUGUCCAAUGUCUCCAGUGAGUUAUUUUGACAGCACUAAAUAUCUAUCCUUGAUUGCUCAAUUAAUCUGGCAAAAUAAACUAACUCGUCUAAGUUUACGCCAGUCUAAUAUAAACGGUUACGACUUUGUAGCACUUUCAGAAUAUUUAGCAUCGACUAAUUCAAAAUUAAUUCAUUUGGAUUUACAAGCAAAUAAUUUAACUUCACAUGGAACUGAUUUACUAUUUAAAGCACUUGCAAUAAAUAAGUCGGUGCGAGAACUUAAUUUAAGUGCGAACAAUUUGGGAUCAAGAGGUGGUUUAAUUAUUUCAAGACUAAUUUGGUAUACCAACCUUGAUUCAUUGGACAUAACUCACAAUAAAAUUGGAACUGAAAUAAUAUGCGAUUUGUUGUGUGAGAUGAAGAAACCAUGUGAACUUAAAUUCCUUAAAAUUUAUGGAAAUAAAUUCAAUAGACGAGCAGCGGUUGUUCUAAAACGACUUAUAACAGCUGGAGUUUUGAAUCAAAAUAAUAUCGACGUAACUUACACUUUUGAUCAUUCCAAAGAUGAAUUAUGUGUUAUUCCGAAUUUUAAAAAUGGUCGUAUACAUACGUGAUUGGAUUUUGAAAGAGUUUAUGUUUAUAAUUCCAUUAUUAAUAAAAAUUAUUAUUAAAUUUUUUAGCGA